CGUUUAGUAAUGUUUACGUUUAGAAAAUUAGCCAUUUGAAUGUAAUGGACCAAAAUUAACGGCUUAGGACCUUGACAGGAUUAAACUAGGAUAAAUGAGGAUCAUGGCAUACUAAAUAUUUUUCCCCCACAAGCCGAAGUGUGUGCCCACAAGGUAUGGUGAAAUUUGAAACAGCGGAAGUUGUAAUGUGAGCCAUAGUACGGGGCCAGUCAUAAGACCGAAGACGCAAAGCCGUAGAUUAGCGCUGUGGAUCAAUGGAGGAGGACGCGAAUCAACGACACGUUAGAUCUAUUCAGCAUCGAUGCAGAGUUUGUGGCAAAUACCUUAAGAAAAAGUUUGUGGCAAAAAGGCAGGGGGAAUCUCUUAGGAAAUACUGCAAUAAGGUGUUAUUCAAAGGAGAAUUCCAAGAGCACUGGCGUGUUAACGUUACACAAGAAAACGAAGACGUUCACCCUGAACUACUUUGCCGUCCCUGCGAAGGAUCACUUUACCGAUUGCGAAAAGGAAAGGAACAGCCACCAAUAUUGAGAAGCUGGACCCCUCAUACGGAAGAAGGCUGUUUUUGCGAGGCGAAACCUUCAACAUCAAGAGGAAAAAAGCGAGGGUUAAGUGAAGAAGAUACAGACAGUGGAGAAGAGGCCGAGGGUGGUACGGAUGGUACCGAUGUUGACUUUAGAACUAUAACUGAAUCUUUGCCGUUCCUUAACUCAGACCAAGCUGGGAAAGUUGCUAAGCAGCUCUCUGAAAGACAUGGUUUUAUUUUGAUAUCGAAGUCGGACAUUGACAAAUCCCUUGUUGAACUACCAAGGUCUGAUCUGUUGCAGAUAACCGAGGCUAUAUUUCGCAAUGAGAGACAGGGUAUUAAAUUAGACGCAUCGCGAUGUAGCCAAACCUACAAAAACAUACAGAAGCUCGUGUCGUUAGAUUCCUCCGAGUGGAGUGCAAGGCGCAAUUCUGUAAUCAGCAGUGCUCUGAAAGGGCUGUCUACUCCGGAAUUGUCUAUUAGCAGAGAGGCGUCCAACCUACUCGAGGCAAGGAAAGCAAUUGCAAAUGAUCACCUUUACUCUCUUGUGCAUCCUGGCUUCAUUGGCCCUAUUUCCUUUCCGUGUAAUCUGCUUAUGUAUUCAAUCGCGCGGAGUAAGCUGUGUUGUAAUGUUUAUGGAAAACUAUACCCUGGGGGGUCUUUUGGAAGCUUGAAAGCAUGGCUGGACAAGCUAACAUUGAAAAUUCCCGAAUACCCUGCGGGUGACCUCCUGACCGCAAUAGACAACGACCAAGUACUGAUAAAAAAGUGGACAGUGCGCGAAGAAAACCGCGCACAGAUCAGUAUUCUCACAAGUGUGUGCACGACAACUUUGAAUCCAAGCGGAAACCUCCAGCAGGACAGAGAAUUACACCCAGGUAAAUGGGAUAACCGCUGCAAGCUUGCAAAGGAAAAUCCUUCUAUGAUACCUAACCUUAUGGAGGAAUGCACUCUCACCCAAGAACAACAUAACCUUUUGCGGCAGGAGAAUAAAAACCUCAUCCAGGAUCUCCUUUACAAGAUUGCCAAGGAGCAUACCAUCAUUAAUGGUGUUCCAAGGGAUGAUGAUGAUGGCCUUACGUAUCUGGUCUCCAGGGAUGUUGUCCAGUCUGUUCGCCUUUGCUCUGCAUGUGGGGUUGAGUUAUUGGCUUCCGAGACUCAAUCACACUUCUUGGAGAAACAUAUUGGAGAGACAGUAAAUUUCAUUAAGGAAUUUGACUGGGCCUUUAUUAGAAUUGGGAAGCUUCACAUGGAGAUGAACAUGGCACGGUGCAUCAUGUCUGUCCAGUGGGAUGUGUACAUGUCUUCUCUUGCUCAUGAACUGGGCUUUAUGUCUGAGGCUGCUCAGAAGUUUGCCAAAAAAGGGUCAGACCAUCACAAGACUAUUGUCUAUCAUGAAGGUGGCCCAUAUUGGUAUUCUCAGCGAGUUGUUGGUUCCCUAUGUAAAGGCACAGAUGCAGACAGGAGGUAUUAUGUCGGUGAAUCACUUCCUUUACGAAUGGAUUCCUGCUUACGCCUGGUGGGAUCCAACAUAUCGUUAUAUGUUCUCAACUACAUGGAGAUACCUCGUGGCACUGCAGAUGUUCAGGAUGGCGCAACAACUCACAAUACAUCUACACAGGGCAGUUGCCUUUCGCACCCCUAUUUCACAGGAAUUCAGUUUCCAAAUAUGCUCUUAUUGAGUUGUAUGACAGGUAAGCACUAUACAACUAUGUAUUUAGAUGAGCUCUAA